GAGGGAACACGGAGGGUGCCAUAGCCACCGUAGUCGUGGCGACCAGGAAACCCGGCAACAACAACAACAACCGCCCACCCUCUCUUCCUCAGCGCGAUUCCCGCCAAAAUCGAGAAAGGGCACGACAGCCGCGACUCCGUCCCCGCCCUCCCCCUGAGGGGACGCGGCCUCGCGGGGCCGGGACGGUCCAGGAAGCAAAAAAAAAGCCUUAUUUAUUAUCAUUUUCCCCACUGUUGGCAUGGCAACACAGGCGUACGUUACAGAAUUACAGGCAGCGCAACAACAGUCACAACAGCAGCAACAGUCACAGCAACAGCCAGCAGCAACAGUGGCCACGGCAGCACCUGUGGUGGUGGCAGCAGCUCAGCAACAAUAUGUGGCAGAAUUGCAAAGUGCACAGCAGCAACAGCCUGCUUCGAAACAGUAUGUCUCGGAAAUCCCACCUCCCCAGACACAGGCUCCACCUACUGGGCAACAAACACCAACGCCAGCCCCACAGCAGUACAUAGUAGUAACUGUUUCUGAAGGCUCCAUGAGGCCCAGUGACACGGUUUCAGAGUCCAGUCCAGGCUCCACAGCCACACAGUCAGGGGUGCCAACUCAGGUGGUCCAGCAAGUCCAGGCUACUCAGCAGAGGUUAUUGGUCCAAGCUAGUGUGCAGACGAAGCCUGGAACGGUAUCACCUCUACAGCUCACAAGUGUACAAGUACCCCAGCAGCGCUCCCCUGUCCAGAACAGCAGCUCUGCUGCUAAACCAGGACAAGUGCAGCAGCUCCAGGUCCACGGAGUCCAGCAAGUGCCUGUAGCACAAGAGAGAUCUGUUGUGCAGACAACUCCCAAAGCAGGCACAGUGCAGCAGCUGGCAGUGCAAGGACUCCAGCAGGUUCAUGUUACUCAAGAGAGUGCAGACAGUGGCCCUUCUAAGAGCAAUCAGCAGUCGCAGCAGCAAGAGCAACAAGGAGUGCAGCAAGGUCUCUCCCUAGAGUGCAGCAGCAGCAGCAGCAGCAGCAGCAACAGUGCACCCCAGCUGGCCAGCUGCUGUUUAUCUGGCCCAGAGCACAGGCUCCACUACAUGCAUUCUCUAGAUUCUGCCUCGGAGCAGUGGGUGGAGCUGGUCCGCAUGCUUCCUCAACCGCUCCUCCUGCCACAACAGAAGGUGGUGAUAGAGCAGCUGCCAUUCCUCUCCUCUCAUCACUCCAGCCCUGACCAGAGAGUCAAGAUUCAGAGAGUCCCUCAGGUGCUAGUGUUUGGAACAGCAGCUACAGCACUUAAAGUGCAGCAGCUCCAGCAGGUACCUGUGCAGCAUGUCUAUCCCAACCAGGUGCAGUAUGUGGAAGGAGGUGAUGCCAGCUACACAGCAAGUACCAUACGCUCCAACACUUACCCUUACACGGAAACCCCUCUCUACACUCAGAACACUGGUGCAAACUACUAUGAAUCGCAAGGCACCCCAACCCAAGUCUCCACCCCAGCAACCUCCCAGACUGUGGCCAGCAGUGGGUCAGUGCCCAUGUAUGUCUCUGGAGGGCAAAUCAUAGCCAACCCAAGCGGAGGCAGCAGUGCUGGAGGAGGAGGAAGUGGAAAUGGAAAUGGUGGCGGCGGUGGCAGCACUGGUGGUGGUGGAGGAGGAGGCAGUAGCAGCAGCAGCACGGGGACCUACGUGAUUCAAGGAGGUUACAUGCUGGGAAGUUCAAGCCAGUCGUACUCGCACACCACUCGUGCCUCCCCAGCAACUGUCCAGUGGCUGUUGGAUAACUAUGAGACUGCGGAAGGUGUAAGCCUUCCACGGAGUACCUUGUAUUGCCAUUACCUCCUGCAUUGCCAGGAGCAGAAACUGGAGCCAGUCAAUGCAGCUUCCUUUGGCAAGCUCAUCCGCUCAGUGUUUAUGGGACUUCGCACACGCCGGCUUGGAACCAGAGGGAACUCCAAAUACCACUACUAUGGGCUACGCAUCAAAGCUAACUCCCCGUUGCUGCGGCUCAUGGAGGAUCAGCAACACUUGGCCAUGAGGCAACAGCCCUUUUCUCAGAAGCAAAGGCUCAAGCCCAUUCAGAAGAUGGAAGGCAUGACCAAUGGAGUGGCUGUCGGGCAGCAGCAAGCCUCGGGGCUGUCUGACAUCAGUGCCCAAGUACAGCAGUACCAGCAAUUCCUGGAUGCCUCUCGCAGCCUGCCUGACUUUGCAGAGAUAGACCUGCAAGGGAAGUCCCUCCCUGAGGGCAUUGGAGCCGAAGAUGUGAAGUCUUUCCAGUCGCUCUAUCGAGAGCAUUGCGAGGCCAUUGUUGAUGUGAUGGUAAACUUGCAAUUCACACUGGUGGAGACACUCUGGAAGACUUUUUGGAGGUACAAUUUGAACCAGCCCAGUGAAGCCACCCCCAUCGAUAUUCAAGACGAAGCAGAGAAGCGUCUCCCAAAGAGCUGCUUGGUGACACUGUCCAAGUACGAGCCUGUCCUCAAAUGGACGAAGGACUGCGACAACUUGCUGUACCAAGGGCUGGUAGAGGUCCUGAUUCCAGAAGUGCUCCGGCCCAUUCCGAGUGCCUUGACGCAAGCAAUCCGAAAUUUUGCAAAAAGUUUGGAGAGCUGGCUGACGAAUGCCAUGAUGAAUAUUCCAGAAGAGAUGGUCCGCGUUAAGGUUGCAGCAGCAAGUGCCUUUGCCCAGACGCUGCGGCGUUACACCUCCCUGAACCACCUUGCCCAGGCUGCCCGGGCUGUUUUACAGAACACUGCCCAAAUCAAUCAGAUGCUGAGUGAUCUCAACAGGGUGGAUUUUACUAAUGUCCAGGAGCAGGCCUCAUGGGUAUGUCGGUGCGAGAAUCGUGUGGUGGAGCGCCUUGAGCAGGACUUUAAGAUGACUCUGCAGCAGCAGAACUCUCUGGAACAGUGGGCCGUGUGGCUGGAUGGCGUGGUCAGCCAGGUCCUGAAGCCCUACCAUGGCAGCCCCAGCUUCCCCAAAGCCGCCAAACUCUUCCUCCUCAAGUGGUCCUUCUACAGCUCUAUGGUGAUUCGGGAUCUGACCCUGCGGAGCGCAGCCAGUUUUGGCUCCUUCCAUCUCAUCCGCCUCCUCUAUGACGAGUACAUGUACUACCUGAUAGAGCACCGUGUGGCCCAGGCCAAGGGAGAGACUCCCAUUGCUGUCAUGGGAGAGUUUGCAAACCUGACGAGCUCCUUGAACCCCUUGGAUCCAGAUAAAGACGAGGAAGAGGAAGAGGAAGACGAGAGCGAUGAAGAAAUGCCCCAAGAAUUAUCUCUCAGCUCCAACGAGUCCAGCAGCUUAACAGCAGAGUCUAUGGAGCCACCUUCGAAGCUGGCACGGACAGACUCCCGGGGUAUCUUUGUACAAGUGCUGCCCUCCAGUUAAAAAGCAGCACAUAUGAGGGACUGACUGCCAAGUGGCCGGCAGGAGGCCAGGAUGCACCUUGCGCUGCGUUGCGCUGCCCUGCGAUAAAGAUGAGCUGUUCCCUAUC